AUGUCUAUAACGUUAUCACAUUCUCGAAAAGAAAGUUUGACCACGAAAGCACGUACUGGCUCUUUGAUAACCGUUUUUAAUGAUUUUUCUAGAUUUAGUAACGAAAUAGAAGAUUAUGUGUUUUAUGAAUUGGUCAAGUGGAAAUCGCGAGAUAGACGAAUUUGUUCGAAAUUCUCAAUUCACGCUACAUCAAGGGAUCGAGUUUUUGAAUGGAUUCCAUAUGAUCAAUUAAUAAAAUUUGAAGUUCUUGGAAAAGGUGGUUUUGGUGUUGUUCAAAGGGCUACAUGGGUAGAUGGACAAAUUGAUCAGAUAAUAGGUUGGAAUUAUUUACAAAAUCGAUGGGAAAGACAUGGUAAAACAAGAGUUGCCGUAAAGAUAUUGGAUAAUUCUAGAAAAAUAACAGUAGAUUUUUUUACAGAGAUUAUUCCACAAAUUCAAUAUGAACCUAUCAUUCCUAAAAGCUUGAUGUUUCAUCUAAUAAGAUACCUUGGAAUUUCAAAAAAUCCUGCUACACAAAAUUAUGCAAUUGUAAUGCAAUAUGCAGAAGGUGGAAAUCUUCGAAAUUAUUUGGAAAUAAAUUAUUCUACAUUAACUUGGGAAAAAAAAUUAUUUAUGUUGCAAUAUAUUGCAGAAGGAUUAAAAAUAUUGCAUGAAGAAGGUUUACUUCAUCGAAAUUUACACAGCAGUAAUAUUCUUAUUCAUAAUGACAUUCCCUUGAUGGGUGAUGUUGGUCUUUGUCGUCCUGUAGACAAAUUGAUUCAAUCCGACGAAAAAGAGAUAUAUGGAAUUAUGCCAUUUAUGGCACCUGAACUCUUGAAGACUGGCAUAUAUACAAAAGAGGUUGAUAUUUAUAGCUUUGGUUCGAUAAUGUGGGAAAUAUGUGAACACCAACCGCCAUUCAACAAACGUCCUCACAAUGACAACCUUGCCAUGGAAAUAUGUCUUGGAGAACGACCGCUAAUUGAGAAAGAAACACCAGAAUCACUUGCUGUUUUGAUUAAAAAAUGUUGGGAUUCGAAUCCAAAUAAUAGACCAACAGCUAAUGAAUUAUUUUUCAUUAUUAAAUCAUGGUAUUUAGAUCUAUUACAGGAAAGUCCAACAGAGUAUUAUUUUGAAUUCAAAGCUGCAGAUAAAAUCAGAAAGGAUAUGUUACAAACGAUGUCACAACCUUGUUCCAUUAAAAAUCAUUCUGAAGCACAUUAUCGAAGUAGAAAAUUUAAUUUUACAAAUUUUUCAAUGAUUAAUCAAUCGUGA